AAACUAACACCAACCAGCGAAGAAGAAUCCGUAUAGAGCGGACCAGACGGAUUUCUGCUAGAUGACCUGUGUGAAACACUGGAAAUUAAGUAUUCGUCUAUCAUUUUAACGUUUCCUCUACUGGCUAACGGAAUUUACUCUAAUUUAAUCCUAACAAAAGAUACAGGGUUUCUAACUGUUCAUCAAAAGGCUCCGGAAAUGGCCGAAAAUGCAGAACAAAAUGAGGCAAAACAUGACAACCCCUCAUCCCCUGGAAUGACAGACCAAGAGAAAGAAAUGGCAGCCAGUGCAUAUGAAGCAUUUUCGGCUGGGAAGUACGACGAGUCUCUCAAACACCUUGAAGCCCUGCAGGAGCUCAACAAAGAAGACUACAAGAUCUCCAUGAAUAAAGCUGUCGUAGAGUUUUAUAAAAGUGGUCAGACUACCACAGGGACUCUGAAGCAGACCCUGAUGGCAAUGAAGAACCAGGUUCACACAUCAGCAGAGGAUGUUGAUGGGUUGGACGAUGUUGAAAACAGUUUGCUGUACUAUAAUCAAGCCAUCAUCCACUAUCAUAUGCGACAGUACUCUGAAGCCAUCUCCAUAGGAGAGAAGCUCUACCAGUUCCUGGAACCAUUUGAAGAGAAGUUUGCUCAGGCGGUGUGCUUCCUGCUGGUGGAUCUGUACCUGCUCACCUUCCAGCCAGAGAAGGCCCUCCACCUGCUGGCUGUGCUAGAUAAACUCUCUGUACAAGGAAACAACAAGAACGGCAAAGGAGAGAACAACAGUUCAAACAAAGAUGGAGCAAACCAGAGAGCAGAGUUCACAGCCAUGAUUGAGGCAGCCAAAUCAAAGAUGCACCAGUACAAAGUGAGAGCCUACAUUCAGAUGAAAUCCUCCAAGGCCUGUAAAAGGGAGAUCAAAUCAGUGAUGAACACAGCAGGGAACUCUGCACCGUCACUCUUCCUCAAGAGUAAUUUUGAGUACCUGAGAGGAAACUACAGGAAAGCAGUGAAGCUGUUGAACAGCUCCAACAUCGCAGAGCAUCCUGGGCCCAUCAAGACAGGUGAAUGUGUUCGAUGUAUGUUCUGGAACAAUCUGGGCUGCAUUCACUUUGCAAUGGGCAAACAUAACCUAGGCAUUUUCUACUUCAAGAAGGCACUGCAAGAGAACGACCACACCUGUGCACAGCUGGGAGACGGCAACAACGGGCAAUCUAAGAAGUUCACAGGUAUCCCUAUGUGUGCUCUACUAGCCAACAAGCGCUAUGAGCUGCUGUAUAACUGUGGUAUUCAGCUGCUGCACAUCGGCAGACCUCUGGCAGCGUUUGAGUGUCUGAUGGAGGCAGUGCAGGUUUACCACUCCAACCCUCGACUGUGGCUACGGCUCGCAGAGUGCUGUAUCUCUGCCAACAAAGGGGGCUCAGAGCAGGAGAGCAAAGGUUUACCUUGUAAAAAAGGUAUAGUUCAAUCUAUUGUUGGGCAGGGCUACCAUCGCAAGAUUGUUCUGGCCUCCCAGUCCACACAGAACACCAUCUACAGUGAGGGCCAGUCAGCAGCUAUCCCAGUAGCCAGUAUGGAGUUUGCAGCCAUCUGCCUGAGGAACGCUCUGCUGCUGCUACCUGAACACCAGCAGCAGGACACCAAGACGGAGAACGGCUCUAAGAGCUUCAGUCAGUCAGGAAGCACAGAGAGUGGCAGCGAGAACAGUGACGCCUGCAGUGGGAAAGGUCAGGAGGCUGAUAAGUUCUUGUCUGCAGCGCCAUCAUCUCCUCUCAGAAAACAGGAGGUAGAAAAUCUCAGGUGCUCCAUCCUGGCCUGUAGUGCUUAUGUGGCAUUAGCACUGGGUGACAAUCUGAUGGCUCUAAAUCAUGCUGAGAAACUACUCCAUCAAACCAAGGUGUCUGGAUCCCUCAAGUUCCUCGGUCAUCUCUAUGCUGCUGAAGCUCUCAUCUCAUUGGACAGGAUCUCUGAUGCUAUCACUCAUCUCAACCCAGAGAAUGUCAGUGAUGUGUCAAUGGGGGUGCUGAGCAGUGAACAAGACCAAGGGUCUGACAAAGGAGAUGAGCCUGUCGAGACCUCAGGGAAGCAGACUCCCCUGUGUUACCCCAGCAGUGUGACAUCAGCUCGGGCCAUGAUGCUCUUCAACCUGGGCAGCGCCUACUGCUUGAGGAGCGAGUAUGACAAAGCCCGCAAGUGCCUGCAUCAGGCUGCAUCUAUGGUGAACACCAAGGAGAUUCCACCUGAAGCUAUCCUGCUGGGAGUCUACUUAGAGCUACAGAACGGAAACACCCAGCUGGCCCUGCAGAUCAUCAAAAGGAACCAGUUACUGCCCACAGCAGUCCAGAGGGUCUCGCCAGACUCCCGGAAGAAACCCGUCCAGCCCUUCCAGCUGCCCUCAUCCUUCACACAAGUUCAGCGCAAAUGAGCCUCCAGAGGCACCCGGCACUCCACACACAUACACAUAUAAACACACCACCCACCCUUGAGGAGCCUUGAUAUUUAUAAAGCAGCCUCCCAUCAGCAUCAGGAGCUGUAUGAAAUGCUGAUGUGGCUGCUCUCUGAUGAUGAGUGAAGAACUUCAGUUUCAGCUGUGUCCAUGGACUGAAACCAGCUGACUUUUUAUUUCCAUUUGACUGAGGAAUCUGUGUGUUGUCUGAACAAUGAAAAUAAAUUUUAUUUACUGUA